UUUUAACGCGCACAAGACGUUGAAAUCGCGAGUCUCUAUGAGCACGAGCGAGUAAAAUCAGGGUCUAUCUUCUCCCUCUCGCGCUCUUUCGCUCGCGUCGGAGGAAAAAAAGGAACAAAAGAAACGAAAGAGAACGAAGAAAGCUAAACAAAUUCAAGAUUUCCGUUUUAUUCUGACUGAGAUAUUGGCCCUCAACCGCGAUGCUUUUCGCAGUUCGAUCCUUCUCCCUCCUCGCCUUCUCCCUCUUCUCUCUCUUUGCUUCUCCGGCAUUUGCUUCCGAGUCGGAUCACAAGUAUCAACAAGAUGAUCUGGUUACACUUUGGGUAAAUAAAGUUGGUCCUUAUAAUAAUCCACAAGAAACAUAUAACUAUUACAGCCUUCCAUUCUGCCAACCACCUGGCAAUGCUGCUCAUAAGUGGGGUGGCCUUGGUGAGGUGCUCGGUGGAAAUGAACUCAUUGACAGCCAGAUUGACAUAAAGUUCCAGAAAAAUGUGGACAGAGCUACCAUUUGUGAACUUGAACUGAAUGCAGCAAAGGUUAAACAAUUCAAAGAUGCAAUUGAAAAUACAUAUUGGUUUGAAUUUUUCAUGGAUGAUCUGCCUUUAUGGGGCUUUGUUGGUGAUCUGCAUCCUGAUAAAAACAGCGAGAGUGGCAAGCAUGUGCUCUUCACACACAAGAACAUUGUUGUCAAAUACAAUAGAGAUCAGAUUAUUCAUGUUAAUCUCACUCAAGAAACCCCUAAACCCUUGGAAGUGGGAAAGAAAUUGGACAUGACAUAUUCUGUCAAAUGGAUUCCAACAAAUGUCACUUUUGCACGACGUUUUGACAUUUAUCUAGACUACCCUUUCUUUGAGCACCAGAUUCACUGGUUCUCCAUUUUCAAUUCAUUCAUGAUGGUUAUCUUCCUCACUGGUUUGGUCUCAAUGAUAUUGAUGAGAACUCUUAGAAAUGAUUAUGCAAAAUAUGCACGAGAAGAUGAUGAUCUGGAGACUCUGGUGACCAUAUUAUCCUUCUCACUCUGUAUUCUUAAUACUGUUUAUUUGGUUUUGUUGAAUUAUCCUUUUUUUCCCCAUCUUCGAUUCUGUUCUUCUGAUGCUGAUAAAAAGAAAGAUUCAUCGCCUUUUUUGCCAGCUGCCCUUGGUGGAUUGACAAAUGGGGGAUGUUCCAAAAAUUGUCAUCUUCUAACAAAAAUUCAAUGUGCUAAAUUCGUUGACGAUCAAUUAGACCUAAUUAUGCCUUCUCCGUGCUUUUUUUUGCAGGUGUACUAUGUUUAUGGAUUUAUGUUGCUGGUAUUCCUAAUUCUCAUUGUUGUUACCGUUUGUGUCACAAUUGUGGGAACAUAUUUCUUGCUAAAUGCUGAGAACUAUCAUUGGCAAUGGACUUCAUUCUUCUCUGCUGCAUCAACAGCUAUUUAUGUUUAUCUCUAUUCCAUAUACUAUUACUAUGUCAAGACAAAAAUGUCAGGCUUCUUCCAGACCAGCUUCUAUUUUGGAUACACACUGAUGUUUUGCCUUGGGUUAGGAAUCCUCUGUGGAGCUGUAGGUUAUCUUGGCUCUACAUUGUUUGUGAGGAGGAUUUACAGAAACAUAAAAUGUGACUAGUGAAGGUCCAAAAGAUGGUACCUGGUACUGCUUGCUGGGGUCUCAUCAUCGAGACUCAAGUAUCAUAAAGGAAGCAUGGUCAUCCAAUGGGCUCUUAGGAAUGUUUAGAAAUGGAAAUCAUGGGGUUACAAGAGCGUUUUGUYUUUUUUGGUCUUUGGAUUGGGGGAGGCUUUGCAUUUUUUUUCCUGGAUGUAAGUGAAAGCCUUCUUUACUUAAAUUAGAAGUGCAGAGAUUGUGUUAAUCUAGAAAGUUAACAUGUUGGACUCAGUUGCCAUUUUUUUUUAUGCUUAUUCUCCAUUGAUAGAGAUACUUCUAUGUAACAAUUUCUACACAUUUUUUUUCUUCUAUAUUGCACAUUUCGACCAAGAUGAAAAAUCUUUGGUGCAUAUAAUGGCUGUGUACAUGGAA